AUGGGCGCGAUGAGCCGGCUCGGCGGAGAACUCGUGGAUGUAGACGCGCGCCUUGAAGCUAAGGGUCUUCGGCUGCUGAAGGAGUGGCAUCAACUGAAGGUGGCUAUCAACCUUGGGCGCCUUCAGCGUGAGGAUGCCAAUGCGAAGGCCGAGGCAUCCCUGGCAACCUCACGCAAGGCCAGCGCCCGAGCCUUGGAGGAGGCUAGGGAGGCAGACGGUCACCGCGCGGUUAAUGAGGAGCGCAGGCGGGAGCUCCAGGCCUUGAACGCCUCCUUGGAGCAGCAGGUGGAGGCGCGCAGAGCCGCCUUGGUGUCGAUGAAGGGUGCACCAUCCGACGAGGAGGAGAUCUCAAGGCGCGAGGAAGCGCUGUUGCUGGAUGCCACAGAGCGCAGCCUCGAGCUCGAGCGGCUGGAGACGAGGGAGCAUCAGGUCGCCCAAGCAGAGGAUGUUGUCGAUGCGCGCGAGGCUAAGGCCCAGGAGGAGGUCGACCGGUUGGCUGAGGCGGAACAGCGCGAGAAAGCUGCCGCAGCCGCCCUGGUCUCAGUGCAGGCUGAGCUGUCCUCCGCCCGUGCCGAGCUGCUUUCUCUUCAGCAGCGGGUCACCAGCGCCGAGUUCUUCGCGCAACAGAGUAGGGAGGAAGCUCUUCGGCGGCAGACGCUAGAGCGCGUGCAUGCCCCCAUGCUCCAAGGCCUCAGGAUUAGAGCCAACGCGGCGCUAGGCACCUUCUGCGACGAACACGCCCCUCAUCCCU